AUGGGUCAAGACAUAACCGAAUUGAACGCCUUUAAGGAAGAAGUAAAUUCUAACUUGCAAAACCAAGGAGCUGCCAUCCAGAAGCUAGAAAAUCAAAUUGUGUAUUUGUCUAAGCAAACCCCUGGGCCAAGCGUUUCUCAUGCUGCCAAGGCUAUUACAAGGGAAGAAUGUAAGGCCAUAACCCUCAGAAGUGGAAAGAAGCUAAAGGAGAUUUCAAAGGAAACCACAGAGGAUGAAGCAAAGGAAAAUGUGAGAGACAAGGAACAGGGACAAUCUUUUACACCGUCUGCAACAAAAGAAAAAGAAAAAGAGGUCCUGAAGCCUUAUACACCCAAAGCACCAUAUCCUCAACAUUUGAUGAAAAGUGAAAAGGAUGGCCAAUUCUCCAGAUUCUUGGAGAUUUUCAAGAAGCUUCAAAUCAACAUUCCGUUUGCUGAGGCAAUGAGCUAUCCAUCAGAAUCACUAAAGGAAUGCAUGAGGGUGGAUGUAGUGGACAUUGCAGUACAAGAAACCUUUGAAGAAACAACAAAGGAAGUGGCAGAGGAGGAGUUCACCAAGGAUAUUGAAGUUAGUGACAUCAAGGCUGCUGAAACAACCAUGCCAAGCAUGCCAGAGAGAGUAAAAGAAGAGAAGGAAGCACCACAACCUGAGCUCAAAGCAUUGCCCCCUAAUCUCAAGUAUGCAUACUUGGGUAGUAAUGAGAGCCAUCCUGUUAUCAUUAGCUCUGCCCUGAGCCAAGAACAGGAAGAAGAAUUGAUCAAGGUGCUACAAACUCAUCAAGAUGCCAUUGGAUGGAUCCUAGCUGAUUUGAAGGGGAUAAGUUCAUCCAUAUGCAUGCAUAAAAUCUUGUUAGAAGAGGAUGCUAGACCCUCCAUUCAAGCUCAGAGAAGAUUGAAUCCCGUCAUGAAAGAAGUGGUACAAAAGGAGGUCAUGAAGUUAUGGCAGGCAGGGGUACAAAAGGAGGUCAUGAAGUUAUGGCAGGCAGGGGUAAUCUACCCCAUUUCUGAUAGCCCAUGGGUUAGUCCCAUCCAUGUAGUUCCCAAGAAAGGUGGCAUAACUGUGGUGCCAAAUGAGAGGAACGAACUCAUACCCACAAGAACUGUCACUGGGUGGAGGAUGUGCUAUAAUCAGAUAGUAGUUGAUCCAAGAGAUCAAGAGAAAACAUCAUUUGUUUGUCCAUAUGGAGUUUUUGCUUAUAGACGCAUGCCCUUUGGAUUGUGCAAUGCACCUGCCACUUUCUAA